AUCAAACAACACGCUUGGUUAAACUCAGUACUUGCAUCUUCACUUCAAGAUCUUUCCAAUUUUGUUUUUUUGUUUGAUCCAAAUUUGAUAACAUUAUGGAUCGCAAGUUCCUCCUAACAGUUACAUUGAUCUGCAUUGUCGUCGCCGGUGUCGGUGGCCAAUCUCCGAUCUCAUCUCCGACCAAAUCUCCCACCACUCCUUCUGCUCCAACUACUUCCCCUACUAAAUCCCCCGCCGUUACUUCUCCCACAGCUGCUCCUGCGAAGACUCCGGCUUCUUCAGCUUCUUCACCUGUAGAAUCACCGAAAUCUCCGGCUCCUGUUAGCUCGUCUCCACCACCGACAUCUGUUCCAGAGAGCUCUCCUCCGGCUCCUGCACCAAAGGCUUCUUCUCCAGUGAGCUCUCCACCAGUUCCAGCACCAGUAGCUGAUUCUCCUCCAGCUCCAGUAGCUGCUCCGGUCGCUGAUGUACCGGCUCCUGCUCCAAGCAAGCAUAAGAAGACUACAAAGAAAUCGAAAAAGCAUCAAGCACCGGCUCCGGCUCCAGAACUCCUUGGUCCACCUGCACCACCGGCUGAAUCUCCCGGACCUAACUCCGACGCAUUUUCUCCCGGUCCUUCCACAUCCGCCGACGAUCAGAGCGGAGCGGAGAGCACAAGGGUGUCGAGGAAUGUAGCGGUAGGAGCGGUUACAACCGCGUGGGCCGUUCUCGUUUUGGCAUUCUAAAUUUAUCAUUUCAUCCCUAAAUUUUUUUAGUUUUUAUCUUUUUGACCCUACCAUUGUCUCUUUCUUUACGAAUUUGGUAUUGAGUAUUAUUAUUUAAUUGAUUAUACAGUUUCUUUUCUUUUAUUUUAUUUAUAUGAAAAUAAUAAGAAAUUCAGUAUCUGUCA